GCCACCUGGUAGACAAUGCAAAUGGCGUCAAUGGAAAAAGCAAGAAGAAACUGAAAACAAAACAGAAUUAAAAAUUUUACGCCUUAAGUGUUUAUAAAAAAAGCCAAAAUUCUUUUAAAUACCAUGAUGAAUGUAGACUUGCGAUCUUACUCGCGUCACUGGCUAACCGAAUUUAUAGAGCAAUAUAAAGAGGAAGAGUGUUUGUGGCAGCCAAAGCAUAAUGAUUACAGCAAUCACGCGGCUAGAAAUAAAUCCUACGAUAGGCUGGUGGAGAAGCUAAAGGAAGUGGAGCCCUUUCCCGAUCGGGCCAUGGUUGUAAGAAAAAUAAACUCUCUACGCUCAGCAUUUAGGCGGGAGUUCCGCAAGCUGAACAGCAAAAAUGAUUACGAGACACGUUUGUGGUACUAUGAUAAACUACUUUUCAUAGCUGAUCACAAACCCAAGCGACAUGGUAACGAGGGCUCUAAGCCUAAAAGGGAACUACAAAUCAGUUUUGAUGAUGACGAUUCGAUGGAAUUCGAAGAGGAAUCCCAUCAUACCACACAGCAUUUGGAAAGCAUAGCGCCCACAUCUUCAGAUGAAGUGGAGGAAGUUGCGGGUGAGACUACAAGUGUUGUAGUUAGCAGCCAAGGAGCUACGAUUAGUACGAUAUCGGUGAGUGCUGCCGAGUGUGUCACUAUGCAUUCGGUUAAAAACGAGGACCAUGCAGCCCAUGAGGCGGCAGCACAUCAGCAAAUGGUUGCCCAAGCAGCAGCUCAUCAGACAACCAUAGCAACGGCUGCCCAGUCACAUGCAGUGAAAGUGCUGGAGAUAACUUCAUUAGAUUCAAAUUCUCAACGUGAAAUACAACAGGCCGUCAAUUCUUUGGAACAGCAUCAGCAGCAAUUGCAACUUCAACAGGCAAACGGGCAUCAUUCACAGUCAGUCCCCACCAUUCAAAUAGCAAGGGAGCAUUAUCAGCCAAUUUUUAAUGCCGGAGCAACUGCAUAUCCGCAACGGCAGGAAGACGAAUAUGAUGCCAUUGGUGUUAAUGUGGCCAGCAAGCUGCGGUCCAUCAAUCCCACGCAGCGUAUAAUUGCUGAGAAACUCAUCAGUGAUGUUCUUUUCAAUGCCCAGCUGGACAACCUUAAUGUAAACUCGUCGCUCACCCAGUAGUAGUCGAACGAUUGGUGUUGCUUUUUCAUUUAAAUCUCACCUUCACAUCAAUUUGCAGCCGAGAGUUGUGAAUCUUAAUAGAAAUUUGAAUGUUUAAUGUGUCGUUUUCUCAUCUCUACCUAUGUUUUUCAUGUAUCAUAAACAUUUAAUUUGUAUUUAGUUUUUAAUUAUACAAUAAAUGGAUUGUAUGUUUUAAGAUCUGA